AUGAACGAAUGGAUACUUGAACCUGUGGACCAUCGCCCCCACAACCCCUUACCCCCUUACCCCCUUACCCUCACAACCCCACAACCCCUUACCCCCUUACCCCCAGAACCCCUUACCCCCGCAACCCCGACAACCCCUUACCCCCACAACCUCUUACCCCCAGAACCCCUUACCCCCUUACCCCGACAACCCCUUACCCCCUUACCCCCACAACCCCUUACCCCCUUACCCCCACAACCCCUUACCCCCUUACCCCCACAACCCCUUACCCCCUUACCCCCAAAGCCCCCACAUCCCCCAGAACCCCUUACCACCGCAGCCCCCACAACCCCUUACCCCCACAGCCCCCACAACCCCUUACCCCCUUACCCCCACAACCCCUUACCCCCUUACCCCCACAACCCCUUACCCCCUUACCCCCGCAGCCCCCGCAGCCCCCACAACCCCUUACCCCCUUACCCCCACAACCCCUUACCCCCUUACCCCCACAGCUCCCACAUCCCCCAGAACCCCUUACCCCCGCAGCCCCCACAGCCCCGUACCCCCGCAGCCCCCACAGCCCCCACAAUCCCUUACCCCCACAGCCCCCACAACCCCUUACCCCCACAGCCCCCACAACCCCUUACCCCCUUACCCCGACAACCCCUUACCCCCUUACCCCCACAACCCCUUACCCCCGCAGCCCCCACAACCCCUUACUCCCUUACCCCCACGACCCCUUACCCCCUUACCCCCGCAGCCCCCACAACCCCUUACCCCCACAACCCCUUACCCCCUUACCCCCGCAGCCCCAACAACCCCUUACCCCCUUACCCCCACAACCCCUUACCCCCUUACCCCCACAGCUCCUACAUCUCCCAGAACCCCUUACCACCGCAGCCCCCACAACCCCUUACCACCGCAGCCCCCACAACCCCUUACCCCCGCAGCCCCCACAAUCCCUUACCCCCACAACCCCUUACCCCCGCAGCCCCCACAAUCCCUUAUCCCCACAACCCCUUACCCCCGCAGCCCCCACAAUCCCUUACCUCCUUAACCCCUUACCCCCACAGCCCCCACAACCCCUUACCCCCACAGCCCCUUGCCCCCUUACCCCCACAACCCCCUUACCCCCACAGCCCCCACAACCCCUUACCCCCGCAGCCCCCACAGCCCCGUACCCCCGCAGCCCCCACAGCCCCCACAAUCCCUUACCCCCACAGCCCCCACAACCCCUUACCACCGCAGCCCCCACAACCCCUUACCCCCGCAGCCCCCACAACCCCUUACUCCCUUACCCCACAACCCCUUACCCCCUUACCCCCACAACCCCUUACCCCCUUACCCCCACAGCCCCCACAUCCCCCACAACCUCUUACCCCCACAGCCCCCGCAGCCCCCACAGCCCCGUACCCCCGCAGCCCCCACAACAUCUUACCUCCGCAGCCCCCACAACCCCUUACCCCCAUAGCCCCCAUAGCCCCCACAACCCCUUACCCCCACAGCCCCCACAACCCCUUACCCCCUUACCCCCACACCCCGUUACCCCCACAGCCCCCACAACCCCUUACCCCCUUACCCCCACAACCCCUUACCACCGCAGCCCCACAAAUCAAAUCAAAUCCCCCAACACCCCUUUACCCCCACAGCCCCCAACACCCCUUUACCCCCACAGCCCCCAACACCCCCUUACCCCCGCAGCCCCCAACACCCCCUUACACCCGCAGCCCCCACACCCCCUUACCCCCGCAGCCCCCACACCCCCUUACCCCCACAGCCCCCAACACCCCUUACCCCCGCAGCCCCCAACACCCCCUUACCCCCGCAGCCCCCAACACCCCCGUACCCCCGCAUCCCCCAACACCCCCUUACCCCCACAGCCCCCAACACCCCCUUACCCUGCAGCCCCCAACACCCCCUUACCCCCACAGCCCCCAACACCCCUUACCCAGAUGGCUGUGCUACUGA